AUGCGCACCUCAUUCCUCCAACCUCUUGCACUGCUCGUGGCUGCCGCUGCGGCUCUGCCUCAGCAGUCUGGAGCGCCAUUAGCACCAACCCCUGCUCCCUGCGAACCCAUCGUCCCCGAACCCGACCUGGUAGCCACAUACGAUCGCUGGUUUGCUUUCCAGAAGGCGUAUCUGUUUGACAAAAACGUCGAAGCGACGUUCGGUUUCUUUGCUUCAAACUUCACGAGCACAUGGCGUAGGGGCACCAUGAGCCGAGAGGAGUACUGGGCUCAGGAUACCGUUCAGGGUUGGGCGACGGUUUCAAGCUACCCGACCGAUGCCUCUUUCAGCGACAACAACGGCCACGUUGGCUAUGACCUGGGCGUGAACAGGACCGGACACGCUGGCGAUGACUUCGUUUGGGAGAACGGAUGCAUUGUGUCGCACCAGCAGACUCCUAACUAA